UGCUAUGGGGACGCAAGUGCCGCAUUCCGCGUCGCUUCCCGACGGGCUGUUCUCGGGACUGCCGAGCCUGGUGUCGGACCUACAGAAGCUGCUGGACGACCGUGACACGGCAGACGUCAUGUUCGUGGUGGGGAGGGAGGAGGUCCCCAUGUACGCACACAGGCUCAUCCUCUGGGCACGCUGUAAGGGGUACCAGAGGUACAAGAGGGACUUCUGGAGUAAGGUAACAGGAAUGAAGGGAAUCAUGACCAUCAAACAACCAAAGUACAAACCUGAAGUCUUCAGAAAUGUUCUCAACUAUCUGUACACAGGAAAGAUGACCCUGAAAGAUGCCACAGUGUUUGAGGUGUUAGUAAUAGCCCAGGACAUGGGUGUACCAGACCUACAGUACAGUUGUGAGGAGCACAUCUCCAGUCAGCUCACAGUCCACAACGCCUGUUUCUUCCUCGCUAACGCUCUCAGCACUGUUCCAACACUUACUACUAAAGGAGGAGCUACAGAGAUCCACCCCCUUGUCACGAGAUGUCUUAACUUCAUUGAAGAAAACGCAGAAGACUGCUUGAGGACAGAAGGGUUCUUACAGCUGCCCAAGGAACCUGUCAUCAGACUUGUAUCCAGUGAUCAGCUAGCUCUGGAGGAGGAGGAGGUGUGGAGACGUGUGCUGGCCUGGGCUAAGUACCAGGCUAAGGUGGAGACAGCCCCCCAGAGAUGGAGCCCUGAGGAGAAGGCCAGGGUGUGCCAGCACCUGUCAGGAGUGAUAGAGCAUGUGAAACUGUUGCUGAUUGACAGUAAGGUGUUUGCAGAAGAGGUGGAGCCUACAGGAGCUGUUCCCAUGGAGCUGUCACUGGAGAGGUAUCGUAUUGCGGCCGUGCCCACAGGAUUGAAAAACAGCCGAGACAGGAGACUGACUCCUCGAGUCUCCCACAAACUCUUCAAAGGAACAGACAUACUGAGCAGGGAGAGACUACCUCUACAGAGGGUGCUCAACCAAUGGUACGGGGACAGUAAACAGGAGUGGAGACUGUUAUACAAGGCUUCCAGAGAUGGCUACACGGCCGAUGCAUUCCACCAGAACUGUGACGGCUUCAGUCCCACCAUUGUCCUUAUCCUGGGCCACAAGGGGAAUGUGUGCGGGGGCUUCAGUGAUGUUCCCUGGACAAGUAAGGCCCCUGCUCAGGGCAAGUACAUCGCUUCUGACAGGGCCUUUCUGUUCACACUUGUAAACCAACAAGGGGUGGAGCCAACACGUUUCAACAUUGUCAACAAAAAGUUCGCUACAUCACACCAUCCAAAUUUUGGACCUAUCUUCGGAGCGGGCGCGGACCUUUAUAUCGCUAACAACUGUCACACAGGCACCGAGUGUUACUCUAACUUACCACACUCCUACAACGGAGACCAUGCCUCCUGUAGUAUACUCAUGGGCGAUUACUACUUCAACGUUCUUGACUAUGAGGUCUUCACUCUAGGGGACCACUAA